AGGGGCCGCCGGGAGUUGUAGUCCCGGGCCGCGGCCGGGUCAUGGCAGCGGCGGGCAGGCUCGGUCCAAGCGGUGUGCCCGCGGUGCCGGUCGCCAGCGGCCACAGCAUCCCGGUGCUGGGGCUCGGUACUUCCCACCAGGGUGGCUAUUCCCAUGCCGCAGUGGUCCAUGCCCUGCAGAAAUGUGGCAUUCGUCAUAUUGACACAGCAAAAAGAUAUGGCUGUGAGUCGCUCAUCCAAAAGGCCAUCAGAGAGAGUGGUGUGAAGCGAGAGGACCUCUGGAUAACUACCAAACUGUGGCACAGUGAUUAUGGCUAUGAAAACACAAAAAAGGCCUGCUUGGAGUCAUGUGAAAGACUUGGUGUUGAAUAUCUUGAUCUUUAUUUGAUUCACUGGCCUGAUGCACAAGUUCCAGGUAAAAGCAAUCGAGAGGUCCGAGCUGAAACCUGGAGAGCGAUGGAAGAGCUAUAUGAGAAAGGUUUGUGUAAAUCAAUUGGUGUAAGCAAUUUUCUUAUCAGCCAUCUUGAACAACUAAAGGAGGACUGUGUGAUUACUCCACAUGUUAAUCAGGUUGAAUAUCACCCUUUCCAAAGACCUCAGGAGCUGGUUGAUUAUUGUAGGAGCAGAGAUAUUGUUUUUGAAGGCUACUGUCCUUUAGCCAAAGGUGAAGCACUCACUCAUCCUGCAGUCAUUCAGCUGGCAAAGAAAUAUGGCAGAACUCCAGCACAGAUUUGCAUACGCUGGAGCAUACAGAAUGGGAUUGUCACUAUUCCAAAGUCAACAAAGGCAGAACGGAUAGAGGAAAACUGCAAGGUAUUUGAUUUUACAAUAGCAGAAGAUGAUGUUGAAAUUCUGAAUGGAAUGCAUGAUGGGAGACAUGUUUCCUGGGAUCCAACUUCUAUUGUGUGAAUCAAGGUUUUUGAUUUUAAUCUGAGGAAAGAAGAGAUGGAAUCUUUGAACACUGACUAUCAACAGAAAAUUAAUUCAUUUAACCUAUUCCCUGUGGAAAGAAUAUUUUAAAACUAGAUUGUUCUAAACUGGAAAAGUGAUGUAACUGAAACAUUAAUUGGUUUUAAACUGAAUAAUAAAUCUGAAUUGUUCUAUUAGGUACUCAGUAUACUCAAGAAUCAAUAUAAAUUGUUUGUAUUUACUCUUAUGUUAACAAAUUAAUAAAAU